UGGUGAUGCCAUGUGACCGGCUACCUUAAGGAAAAUAAUUUAUGGUAAAAUGUACGCAGAAUAGGGAAAGAGGAAAGAGGUUGCAGACGAAAGCAAAUUUUAUUAUAUUGAGGCUAUUGUUUUCGAAGAUUUCCCUAUGCUGCAUAGUGCUCCACAAAUUUUUUGUCUUUGUGAUGUGAUGCAGUUUAGAAAAGGCUUGGGCCUAAACUAAUUUCAUUUCCAACCAAAAAAAGAGAGGAUACCCAUCCCAUGCACAGGAUGCAAGCUGGCUAUCAAGAACCAGACCUGCAGCUUAGUUGGUUAGCAGAUAGUUCUAACAAUGCAGGAGAUGUGGGGUCAGCUGAAAAUUGUUCUCUGUCAUCACCAAGACAGGCCCAUGAUGAUCAAUUCAGUUCUGUGUGCCGGUCUGGUGAUGCUGUUUAUACAUCUGUCACGUGUAAUACAUCUGCAUCUGAUAGAACUACAGGAAGCAUAUUUAGUGGUACAGGCAGUUCUCUCGAGCCUGGUAAAGGAGACAUGAGCCGUUUGGUAGAUGCUAUAGCGAACUUAGAUAUUUGUGAAGAUAAAAUUGACAGUGGAAAAUAUGAUUUGUCUGGGUCAAAAGAGGAGCAUGAGCACCAUGAACAGGGCUCUCCAUGGCCGCAUCAUAAUGAAGAUAUUAAAGCCCAGUGCAGUAGGAAGGAUUUGGUGUCUAAACCCACUGACAGUGGACCAGAAGAAAAAGAGGUAUACCCAGAAAUGAAGCAUGAUAGUGCAUAUAGGUCACAGCUUCAUACUGUGCCAGUAGGAAACAGUUCGUGCAGUCCUGAUUUGCAUAUUUCAGUGGGUAGCAAUUCUGUAAUAAAUUGUUCUGUUAGUCAGUCAUCUUAUGUACAUGCAAGAGGCAUUUCUGAACCAACAUUAUGCAAGACAUGUGGCAUAGAUGCAGUUGGUUUAUUGACAUGUAAUUGCGCUCGGGAUGCAACAGCAGCAAUUUCAGGGGGAAGCAGAAACGAAGCUGAGGCUGUGCAUAGAAUUGCCACAGAGGAAGGCAAAAUGAAUUACGUGACACUGCCUAAUGAAAUAUUGGUGGGUGCUCUUGUCACUAAGAAGCCUGAAACAAUAAAAAUGGUUGUUGACUCUGGAAAGGCCAACACUGAACUUUGCAGUAUUGAAAGCGUCAGUGUAACACAGACAUAUACGCCAGAAAUCUCAUUUAUAAGAGAAAAUGAAGUAAAUGUAACCUCAUCAUUGGAUUCAUGUGUCAGCUAUUCACAGACUGUGUCAAGACCUCUAAGUGAUUUGAGUGAGGAUGCGUCUGCAAGUGCAUCAGAGCCAAACUUACCUUCACUGUCUAUUGGCACCCAUGCAUUAGCGCCAAAUGUACAAACUUUUGGGGUGCUUGAGCCUUUUCUGAAUCAGAACUUGGUGCUGUCAUGCCCAACAACAGGAGCUUUUAGUCACAACACGAGCACACAAAAAAUCGUUCCUUCAUCUUUAUCUUUUCUGGCCUCAGAGCCAGCUUGGGUUCACCCACAGCUGACCUCUUCUUGCAGUAAAAUUCAGAAUUCUGGUGCAGUUCCCAAAUAUGUUACAUGUUCUACAAAUAUGAAUAACACUUUCCAAGAUUUUGCUGGCAACAGAAAAUACAGUUUUGGUGUUCCGCUCAGAAGCAAACAAACUGUUGCAGCUGGUAUAAGCAAUGUGUUUUCAUGGCCUUUAGCUUCGGAAUCCUCCUUUUUUCAAGACAUGCCUCCAAAAUGUUCUGCUUCAUCUGAUCCAUGUAUUUGGAAAAACACUAAUAAAUCAUCUGUUACAGUGUUAGAUAGUUCCUCAAGAGAAUCGUCAGUUUUUACAGGUUUUAAAUUUUGUACUCUGGGCUCACCAAUCUCAUCAUCAAGUAUUUCCAAACUGUCGGAUGGCAGCUUUCAACAUGGUAGAACCACUUCUUUUUUAGACUCUGGGGAAAUCUUCAAAUGUGGAGCACCUUGUACUGAAUCAGUCAUGGCAGCUGCAGGUACAGUGGGAAAUACAUAUUUCAGACAUGAUUUUACAGCAGAAGUAAACACGUGUUCCAACACAGUAAGCACAUCAGGACAGAACACAGGAUGUAGCAUCUCAGCAGAAUCAUCAGGCGUGUCUGCUUCAGCAUUUGUCAGUUUUGGAAAACUGAGUCCUCCUGCCUUAACCAAAAUUUCAUUAAGUGUGCCUAAUACAUCAGCUGUUAGCGUGGGUCAGUUUGGUAAGCCGACAUCAUUGUCGUUAACAGGAAGUGGAACUGAAUUUGAAAGAUCUACCCCCUACAAAUCAAAACUAGGAUUUGAAUCUUAUUCUUGGUCUCCAAAAUUUGAGCCUCUGAAAGAAACAUCACUUACAAAAACUGCAUUUGCUGAUGUGUUCCCCGGGGACAGGACUGGUGACCUAAAGUCACCAAGAAAAGCAAGUGGCAGUUCAGCACCUACUUCUCGUAGCAGCUUGUUUCCACCUGGAUCUACUGAGAUGAAGCAAAGUGAUGGCAUGAAGGCUUUUGAUUACGUUUCUAACUUCAAAAAUAUCCCAUCUUGCUCACCAAAUAAUUUUAAUACCAAUCUAAUUAGUAAUGGAUUCAAUUUUGGAAUUCCAUCAGCAGCACCUUCACACAGUGCGUUGUUCAGCUUCACAGGUUCAAUAGAAAAGUUAGGACGCAGCUCAGAGUUGAAUCUUCAAAAAAGAUCAAGACGCCCUCGGAGAUUGCAAUGCAAGGACAGCAGGUCCAUGAAGAUUAGCAAAACAGUGCAAACUACGGACUGCUUACUGGAAGAGGAGAAUUAUUUGGCUGAUAUCUGGAAGAUCCUUGAAUGUCCAGUAUGUCUAGAAAUCGUCACAUCACCUGUCUUGCAAUGUGAAAGAGGUCAUCAUGUGUGUGACAACUGCUGGAAACGAGUUAGUUUAUGCCCGUUGUGUAAGCAGCGUAGAUCAAGAACGCGCAACUACCCGGUAGAGGCGAUGGUGGAGAGAAUCCCAUUGCCAUGUAAAUAUCGCGUGAAUGGGUGCAGCAAGAUGAUGUGCCAGAGGGACAAGGCUGCACAUGAGAAUACAUGCCGCUUUCGCACGUACAUCUGUUUGGUAGACAAUUGUAAUGAAGCUCACACUUUGAAUGGCAUGCGAUUUCACUUGAUGGCCUCUCACAGUCAUGUGAUAACUGAGAAUGAUUCCUGCAUCUGUAAGGGGCAGAAAUUCUCUCACACCAUGAGUAAAUCUUCCUUUCAGUCACUUGUCCAUGCUUUUGACAUUCGUGAUUGGGGCCUCUUCUUCCUGUGCCAUAGAACAUCUGGAGAAAAGACUUGGCUCGGGAUGCAGAUGGUCUCUUUGGACCCUACCAAUACUGACUUCCUGUACAGCAUUGAAGUGGCAAAUGAAGAAAAGUUGCGCAGUGUGACCUAUAAGGGCCCUGUUGUUCCGUUGCACACAGUUAUCAACAGACAGCAGGAAGAUUGCUUGGUACUCACCAACCAGCUGCUUGAUGCUUUAAAAACGAAUAAUGAAUUGUGUAUUAAAGUGUUGAUUUGGAAGGACUAAUUCUGCAUAGCAGAAAUGUUAAACUGUACUGCCACCAUGAAGCCUUAAAUGUUGCCACAGAAUGAUAUAGUAUUGCCAGAUAAUGAUACGAUGGUGUUCAGAGCUCUUAAAUUUAGUUCCUAUGUUACUGAUUUAUAUAUCAUUGAAGAUGUAUGAGGUUCUGGGGCCAGAUUUUUGUGUGUAAUGAUAUGUGAUACAUUAAAAAGGUUUAUUAGUUUUGCUUGCAAUAUAUACAUACCUACAGCAAUGUUCCAGUAACAGUUAAUUUAAAAUUACCUUCAGUUUGAACAGUCUGUAAUGUUCGCCUGUGAUUGAAGCAAGAAGGCAGAGACAAAGAAGUCCAGUGAGACUGGAGCCGCACAUUUGUCUGAGAUUUUUUGGAGUAUUAUUAGUCAAGAUUUGUAUACUUUUUGCUGCCUUGGAGUACAGCAAUAUGAAAGAGAUUUAACUGCACCAUACAAGAUAAAUUGAACAAACAGCAGAACAGCAUUACUAUGAAAAUACAUACAGCAUAUACUGAGGCCACAGAAAGCAGUCCCAUGAAUGGUGGGGCUGACAGUGCCUCCAUGCCCAUUGUUGUGUUCCCCUCUCCUCUGUGGCCUAUUUCAGCAAGCCCAAAACAUUGUCAGUAGUAAAGGUUACAACUGCCAGUAUUCAUGUGAACAGAAUGCGUACAUGGCUGGAGGGGAGUAUAGGGAAGUUUGCUGGAGGAAGAAGUGUUAAAGAGGGAUGACCUCAACAUGUGACAUGAUCACUUUCAGGAGGAAGGAGCACAGUUGUAUGAGGGUAAGCUCUUUCAUCCCCCAGACUCUUUUAAGUAUGUUCACAAUGUUUUGCAGUCAGUGCUAGGUUUAACCACACAGACAUGUGCUAAUGUGACAGGUUUUUACAAAAUGGAGAUAUCUGUGUACUGCUACCUGUAUUAAAUAUAUCACAGUAUUUCUUCAGUUUA